AUGGUGCCGCCCAUGGUGCGCUUCCUCACCACGGACUCUGGCCGCACUCAGAUACACCCGUUUUUCUACAGGAACGGCAAUGUUUCGCUCAGUAUCCUGGGCACGUACGCCGGACCACAGUGGACACCAGCACAAUCCCUGCGAACGCUCCUGCUGUCAAUACAGUCGCUUCUGUCUGCACAGCCCUUCUACGACAGCCCACUGAAGAAGCACGCCAACAAGGAACAGACUCGCGAAGACGCAGAAAGCUACAACUCCUUCGUGAAGCAUGAGGUACUGCGAGUCGGGGUUUGUGACAUCGUUCAAGACUGCCUUGAAGAGAAGUCGCCGUACCCUGCCACCCUCCGGGAGUUCGUCCUGAAGUCGUUUGCGGACAAAUUUCGGCAAUAUGAAGAUUUCGCAAUUAGCCAGCUUCAUCUUCAUGGCAAAAAGAUCUUCAACCCAUUCAGUAGUGGCCAUGAAGCAUGA